AAGCAUGCCAGAUUCUUUUCGUUAGGGAGUCACAGACACCGGCUCGCACUGUCAAAAAGUUUUGCAACUCCUGGGAAGUGAGUGUGGAAAUAACUGGCACCUCGUUUGCUCCUGGUCUUUUCUUCAUACACCAGAUAAGGAGGCACAGAAUCAGCUCGGGGUUCCUUGUAGUCUGCUGCCCUGUGGGUAUAUAGUGAAUUUACAAUGGAUUGAACUGCUCAAUAGCUGCUAAUGAGGAGUUCUCUGGAUUUGGGUCACUGAAACAAGACCAGUGUCAGAGACAGCUGAUCGUUACUAUUUUCUCUUCUUGGUGACAGUUAAAGACUCAGGAUGGGGUCUCUUAGUCGGAGUCUGGGAUUAUAUAUCUGCAUCUUCUUCAUAAGUCAGUCCUGCUUGUCUCUGGAAGAGAAGAAAGUAUGCCUUGGAAAUACUAACCGAUUAAAUCAGCUGGGUAACACAGAAGAACACUACGUCAGCCUUAAAAAGAUGUAUGAUGGGUGUGAAAUUGUGCUUGGAAAUCUGGAGAUUACUUAUUUAGACCUCCUGAAUGAUACCUCCUUCCUACGGAACAUACAAGAAGUGGGAGGCUAUGUGCUCAUAGCCAUCAACUCUGUUAGAUCCAUUCAUCUUGAAAACCUUCAAAUUAUUCGUGGGAAUAUGUUGUACAAAAGUACAUAUGCUCUAGCUAUAGUGAGUAAUGAGUCCCUGAAUACCACUAAUGCUUUGGAGGAACUGCACAUGGGACAUUUGACAGAAAUUCUUAAUGGUGGAGUCCUCAUUUCCAAAAAUCGCAAACUUUGCUACUUGAAUACCAUCCAGUGGAAUGAUAUUUUGCACUCGGACAAUCCCAUCAACCAAAUAUCGUUGGAUAAAAGUUUUUCUCCCAUGUGUCCUAAAUGUGAUGUAGAAAGCUGCAAUGGAUCAUGCUGGGGACCUGGACCUGGAAACUGUCAGAAAUUAACAAAGCUCAUCUGUGCCCAGCAGUGUUCAGGUCGUUGCAGAGGUCCACUGCCAAUUGAUUGCUGCCAUACCCAGUGUGCUUCAGGCUGUACAGGACCAAAGGAAAAUAACUGCUUGGCUUGCCGUAAAUUUCGUGAUGGUGAAACCUGCAAAGAAGGCUGCCCUCAGCUGCAGAUUUAUAAUCCUACAACAUACCAAUUGGAAGUAAAUCCUGAUGGAAAGUAUAGUUUUGGAGCAGCGUGUGUGAAAAAGUGCCCACAUAACUAUGUUGUGACGGAUCAUGGAUCAUGUGUCCGAACUUGCAACUCAGAUUCCCAAGAAGUAGAGGAGAAUGGCAUUCGAAAAUGCAAAAAGUGUGAUGGACCAUGUACCAAAGAUAAGAUUUGCGAUGGAAUCAACAUGGGAAAGCUGAAACAUGCUUUGUCAGUAAAUGCCUCAAAUAUCGAUUCAUUUCAGAACUGUACCAAAGUUAAUGGAGAUGUGACACUUUUAUAUGUGGCAGAAAAAGGUGACACGUUUACCAAUACUAAAAAACUGGAUCCCGCAAAAUUAUCGGUAUUUAAAUCUGUCCGAGAAAUAACAGGUUCUUUACUGAUUCAGUGGUGGCCAGAAAAUUACACAGACUUGAAUGUGUUUGAGAAUCUUGAGGUUAUCCGAGGCAGAACAAAGCAGCGCGGUACUUAUGCUCUUGCUAUCGUACAAAGAUCCAUAACUGCCUUGGGUCUACAAUCCCUCAAAGAAGUGAGCGAUGGGGAUGUUAUCAUUAAAACAAACAAGAAUCUCUGCUAUGUUAACACCAUCAACUUUACAAACAUGUUUAGGACACCAAAACAGAUAAAGAUAAUUAAUGACAACAAGAAUCCUGAGCAGUGUGAAAGUGAAGGCAAGGUCUGUGACACUUUGUGCUCUGAGGAGGGAUGUUGGGGACCUGGGCCUUCUCAAUGUGUUUCCUGCCUUAAAUAUAUCCGUGGAAAAGAAUGUGUAGAAAACUGCAACUUUCUUAGCAGGGAGCCACGGGAAUACACAGUAGAUGGCAGAUGCUUUUCCUGUAAUGUGGAGUGUUUGCAGUUGAAUGACACCCAAACUUGCUCCGGGCCUGGAGCAGAUGAAUGUUUCAAAUGUGCCCACUAUUCCGAUGGUCCAUUCUGUGUCAAGACUUGCCCAGCUGGUAUCCAUGGAGAGAAUAAUAGUUUAAUUUGGAAGUAUCCUGAUGAAAAUGGGGCAUGCCAGCUCUGCCACCCAGAAUGCAAACUGGGAUGUGCGGGACAUGGCAUAGAUGGAUGCCCUCCUCCUUGGUCAUACCACUCUGUUGCUGCAGGUGUUGUUGGAGGCAUCCUUGGAGCUGUCGUGAUUGGACUUGUUGCUUUCUUCUUUAUUAGAAGGAGUCGAAUUAACAGGAAACGUACCCUACGCAGAAUACUCCAAGAAAGAGAGCUGGUUGAACCUGUUACCCCCAGCGGAGAGGCACCAAAUCAAGCACUUCUCCGGAUCUUAAAGGAGACAGAGUUCAAGAAAAUAAAAGUUCUUGGCUCUGGUGCAUUUGGGACAGUUUACCAGGGCCUAUGGAUUCCUGAAGGGGAGGGCAUCAAGAUCCCUGUUGCCAUUAAGGAGCUGCGAGAAGCCACGUCCCCUAAAGCCAACAAAGAAAUCCUAGAUGAAGCAUAUGUCAUGGCCAGUGUGGAGAAUCCCUAUGUUUGCCGCUUGUUAGGAAUCUGCCUGACCUCUACUGUCCAGCUGAUUACCCAGUUAAUGCCAUUUGGAUGUCUCCUUGACUAUGUUCGAGAAAACAAAGACAACAUUGGAUCACGGCAUUUACUCAACUGGUGUGUGCAGAUUGCCAAGGGAAUGAAUUAUCUUGAAGAAAGACGUUUGGUGCAUCGUGAUUUAGCCGCCAGGAAUGUUCUUGUUAAAGGCCCACAGCAUGUCAAGAUCACAGAUUUUGGGUUAGCAAAGCUUCUGGGAGCAGAUGAGAAAGCGUAUCACGCAGAAGGGGGCAAAGUGCCUAUCAAAUGGAUGGCAUUAGAGUCAAUCUUGCACAGAACCUACACCCAUCAAAGUGAUGUUUGGAGUUACGGGGUCACGGUGUGGGAAUUGAUGACAUUUGGUUUGAAGCCCUACGAUGGAAUUCCAGCCAGUGAAAUUUCUAACAUUUUGGAAAAAGGGGAACGUCUUCCUCAACCACCAAUCUGCACCAUUGAUGUCUAUAUGAUUAUGGUCAAAUGCUGGAUGAUUGAUGCAGAGAGUCGUCCAAAGUUCCGGGAAUUGAGUGCUGAAUUUACCAAAAUGGCUCGUGACCCAACCCGCUACUUAGUCAUUCAGGGGGAUGAUAGAAUGCAUUUGCCGAGCCCUGUUGAAUCCAAGAUCCAUCCUGCAUUGGUUGAAGCAGGUCUAGGUGACAUAGUCGAUGCUGAAGAGUAUCUGUUGCCACACCAAGGAUUCUUCACUAGUCCCUCUAAUUCGAGAACACCUUUACUAAGCACAAUGAGUUCUACUAGCAACAACUCACCUGUCAUCUGCAUCACUCGGAACGGGGGGCUGCCUGCUAGAGAAGACAGCUUUGUUCAAAGAUACAGUACCGAUCCAACAGUCAUUUUGGAAGACAGCAUUGAUGAUGAGUUCCUGCCUGCGCCAGAAUAUGUAAAUCAGAUGGUUCCAAAACCAGUUGUCGAGACACAGACAAAUCCAGUAUAUCAAAACCUGUCCCCCUCGGGGAAUACUGUGUCUCCUGAAGAGAACCUUUACCAGAAUUCUCACAGCAAUGGCCUUAACAACCCAGAGUAUUUGAACGCAGGCCAAACCUUUGUACCUAAAACUGACUUUGAUUAUUCCUCUAUCUGGGACCAAAAGGCUAACAUUCAGAUAAACCUGGAUAACCCUGACUAUCAGCAGGACUUCUUUCCAAAAGAACCCAAAACCAAUGGACAUUUUAAAAUUCCUGCAGCGCAAAACCCUGAAUACUUGGGUUUGGCACCUGUGACCGAUUAUAUUGAAGCUUCAGCAUGACCACAAGGACAGAUAACAUUACUGGUAUCCUCUUGUUGGGGGACUCAGAUGGGUUUCUUUGGCCUUUGCGAAGAUAUGGAACCCACUGACUUAUGUACAGUACUUGUAUACUUUGGCCAGGACAUUGGAGGCACAUUAUGGAUGGUUAGUGGAACAGUAGCUUGGACGUGGCAAAUGUUUUCUUCAUUGUUGCUUCAGCAAACCUUUUAUAUAGAAAUUAUAUAUAUAUAAAUAUUUUUUUUAUUCCGUACCAAAAAAACAUUGAAUUCAUUUUUUUUUUUUACAAGUUAUAGCAAUUAUAGCACCUUUUUUUGUAAAUAUUGGAUUGCAUUUUGGGAAGAUUCAUUUUUAAUAGCAAAACUGUCAGCGCACAGAGGAGCACAUUUUGGUGGUAACACUUGGAAGAACGAUAAUGAUUUCCCCACUCACAGAAUACACUCAACCAAAUCCGAGAAAUUUCCCGUGACAUUUCGACAACUGACUUGGCAAUUUGAUCACUGGUACUCAGCAGGGCAGUUGAUCAAAAUACUAGAUAUUGUUUGUUCUACCCAAAGAAAAUAAUAACCUUGGCUAAAAUUAACAAUUAUGAAUCCACAUUCCUCUCGCUGUUAAUGGAUUACAGCACCCUCACUAGCCAAUGACACUGCCAUUUGGGGAACCCUUGGCCUUGCUUCAGCAAGAUGCAUGUAUGUCUUGUCAGCUGUCUGUUAUGAGUCUUUAAAACCACCCAGACUGUGUUUUGCAUAGUGGAAAAAAUGUAUUUCUAAGCAGAUUUAUGAUAUACAUUAAUUAAUAUAUCUCCGUGGUUUAAAAGUUAUGUUUCAAUGAAAUUGCAAUUGAAAGCAGUGUUUGCUUAUCUUGUUUCAGUUUCUCUUCCCAAUUUUUUUUAUUCACAAGUCAAAAUUAGUAGAGAGACUGUAAACCACUAGACAGAUAUUGCUUUCAAUAGCAAUUACAUUUACAAAUAAAUGGCACUUAUUCAAAGUGGUCAUGCAGCCUGCCAUUUACUUAAAUUUAAUUACACCUGCCAGUAGCGGGUUUAAGACAAAAAAUGGACAGGCAGGUACAUGACAGGUUGUAUGGCCAUAAUUAGGCACUUCUCCAUUGGCUGAAAAGUUUUAAAUAAUCUAAAUCCACAGAAAAUGUUUAAUUUAUAUUUGUUGGAAACUUUAAAGUUACGUUUCGCUACAUUAUGCAGAAAAAAACCUUUUUUGGUGGACAAAUCUUUUAAUAAAGGGUGUAGUUAUCAAAAACAUAUGCAGCCCAUCAUGUUUUUACACAGCCUUGGCCAAACUGCUAAAAUGUUAUAAUCAUACCAGAUUAAAUGCAAUUCUCAGAAUAUAUUAACAUUAAAAAAGACAAUCAUUCUUGUCGGCACUUUAACCAUGUUAGUAUUCAAAGGAUGUAUCGAUUUGAUCGUGUUUAUUAAAUCAAAAAUUUGAAUCUGAGCACAAACAUGUCCUAUACAAGCAUCUUAAAAUGAUGGAAAUUCUACCAUAUGGUGAGUUUACUAGCUAGUUAGUUAGUACUAACAGCUAGGACAAGUAAGUUCUAAAGAUAUAUGCAUAUGGGAAAUGCCUUUUAUAUGUCAUUUAUUUUAUAUGGGAUCAAAACAUUUAUUAAAGGUCUGGCAAACUUUUUUUUUUUGCUGUGAAUUAUUAGAAUUCAGCACAACUUAGAAUAAUGUAGCCCUUUGACUUUAUUAAAUUGUGAUGCGAUUUAUAUAGGGGCUUUAGACCAUCAGUUUCUAUAAUUCCCCACCAGACCUGGUAUUAAUUUGAUUGCAUGUUUUUUGUGUGUAUGUCCUCAUAUAAAUGUACCCAAAAGCUAAAUGCUAGCAAGGCAUUAAUCAACCUCAAUAAAACAUGUCUUAAUGGGAGGCGUA